AAGGCGUUCCACCUCCUCCCGGCAGCAAAACAUUAGUCAACUACAAACUUCAAGAGCGCGCAGCGAAAGUUCCCUCUGCAACGGAUGAACGACCAGAGGAUAGUGCCGAGAGAGGACAGACCGAACGAACCGAUCCUCCGAGUGUUGGGGUGCGAGAAUGGCGGAGAGUCGGCAUGAUUCCUGCACACUUUCAAAAUGGCACAUGUAGACUCAGUUCAAUAGCAGCUCCGGAGCAAUUUACUUUUCCUCAAACAAACGAUAGUAAGGAAUAGCGUGAAACAGCGUAAGACAGUGGAGGAGUUGGACGUCUCGAGGACAGCGUAUCGUCUCUCUCUCUCCCCUCAUCUCGAGAUGAGCUGUCAGCGGGAAUUGCGAUGGUUGCUCUUAUUUGCUGUCUUGCAAGUGGGUUUACCCCAGGAGACCCGGGAGAAAUCGCGGCAUUGUGACAAGCCGAAGUCGCAGGAAGACAUGAACUCCUUCUUGUGGAGGGUGAGGCGCAAUCCGCCAUCUCCUCCCUCCUACCUGUUCGGGACCAUCCAUGUUCCUUACACGCGUGUGUGGGACUUUAUCCCUGAGAGCUCCAAGCGGGCCUUCCAAACCAGCUCUAACGUCUUCUUUGAGCUGGACCUGACCGACCCGCUGACCAUCUCCAAGCUGACCAGCUGCCAGCUGCUGCCCAACGGCAUGAACCUGCAGACGCUGCUGCCGCGCGACCUCUACCGGCGGCUCAAGCGCCACCUGGACUACGUCAAGCACAUGAUGCCCUUCUGGAUGACGCCGGACCAGCGUGGACGUGGCCUCUACGCCGACUACCUCUUCAACGCCAUCGCUGGCAACUGGGAGCGCAAGCGGCCCGUUUGGGUCAUGCUCAUGGUCAACUCGCUGACCGAGGCUGACGUGCGCUCGCGCGGCAUCCCCGUGCUCGACCUCUACCUGGCCCAGGAGGCCGAACGGCACGGCAAGCAGACAGGGGCCGUGGAGCGUGUCGAGGAGCAGUGCCACCCCCUCAACGGACUCAACUUCUCACAGGUGUUGUUUGCGCUCAACCACACACUGCUGCAGCACGAAGGCGUCCGCGCGGGCAGUCUGCAGGGCUCCUACACCACCGAGGACCUCAUCACACACUAUAACUGCGGGGACCUCGGCGCCAUCAUCUUUAACCAUGACACCUCACAGCUCCCUCACUUCAUCAACAGCUCCCUGCCAGCCCACGAGCGAAUCACGGCGCAGCAGAUUGACAGCUACUUCCGCCAGGAGCUCAUCUACAAGCGCAACGAGCGAAUGGCGAGCCGCGUCUCCGCCCUGCUGCAGAGAAGCCCCUCCCAGAGCUUCUUCUUUGCCUUCGGAGCAGGUCACUUCCUUGGCAACCACAGCGUGUUGGAGAUCCUGAGGCAGGAGGGUUACCAGGUGGAACACCUACCAGCUGGGGAGACACUCACAGAGAGCUGGAGUGCUUGGACACCGCCAUCGCCGCCGCUGGAAGACACCAUUCCGGAGCCCAACUUGGGGAGCGAUGAGGAGGUGGAGGGAGAGGAAGAGGAAGAGGGAGAGGCAGAGACGGGCGAGUGGGAGCUGGAACCCCCAGAGCCGGGGGACGAGCUGACCCACAUGCUGCUGCCGGACAGCCUGAGCCAGCUGGAGGAGUUCGGUCGGCACAAGCGGCCGUGCAAGAACCACCGAUCUCAUGGACGCAAGCGCCUGUUCAGUGACUUGUGGGUGCGCAUGGGAGACAGCACUACUCCUCCGCCCAGCAUCAGAAUAACCAACAGCUAUGUGACGGUGGCGCCACCCUUAACCCACCCGAAGCAGCAGAGGAGGACAUCGCCGCACAUCAGGGUCCAGCCCUCCAGCCGCACCCCGUCCCACCACAGCCCCCACAGCACUGGGGUGGCCCCCCACGCCCUCCCCAAGGCACUCACCUGCUUCCUGGCAGGCCUCAUCUCAUACCUCCUCUUCACCUCCUGACCCCCUCAUACCUCCUCUUCACCUCCUGACCCCCAC